AUGGCUGCGCUCACAAGAUGUUAUUCUCUCCCACAAAAUGUGAACAAAGUCGCAGAUUUCACAUUUUACAGGCUCCAAAAUAUUCCGAAAACACAAGGGCAAUGUCAGUCUUCCAAACAUUUUGUGACAUUAUCAAGAGUAAAACCAAAGAAAUAUCAACUGUUUUUUCGAGCACCAGUGAGAAAUUUCAGAUCGAAGCAGCCUACAAUUAUAUCAGAGUCUAGAAAACCUGGCCUACUCUCACAGAUAUUAAAACCAUUAGGUUUUACGGUUCUGGUUGGUUCUACAAGUUUUGCAUCACUGCUGUUUAUUCUUCAUGAAAAAACCAGAAAUCCAGAAUAUUAUUUCAAAACACACAGGGAAGAAUAUUUACAGUUCCUGAGAGUAGUAAUAGGAAUUAUUGGUAUGAAUUGCGCUGUGCUUAUAUUAUGGAGAGUACCACAACUUCAUUCCUUUAUGUCCAAAUAUUUUACUUGUGCCAAUGGUCAGCCUGUGAUAUCUAUGUUACUAUCAUCAUUUAGUCAUAGUAAUGGUAUUCAUUUAUUAAUGAAUAUGUAUGUUUUCUGGACGUUCUCUGGUCCUCUAUUUAACACUGUAAGACAGACGGAAGUUUUUUCAUGGUUAUACAUCAAUGGUGCUAUAGUUUCAUCAUUGACAAGUUUAAUGUUAAAGGCAGUUCGAUUUUCAGCUAUACCCUCAGUAGGAGCUUCUGGUGCUAUAUUAACCUGUAUUGCCUGUGUUUGUUAUGCCUUCCCUAAGGCAACUCUGGGAUUUCCUAUAAUUAGUGAUUUGACUGGUUUUUAUUUCACAGCUGAAACUGGUUUAAAAGGAAUAAUUCUGUUAGAUGUAUGUGGUAUUAUUUUCCGAUGGAAUAUGUUAGAUCAUGCAGGACAUUUAGGAGGAGUAUUGUUUGGUUUGUGGUAUAUGCAUUACGGAAGACAUCAGAUAAACAAACUGGUACAGAAAUAUCAUAGAUUACAGAGUGGUGGAAAGAAGAAAUAA